AUGCUAUAUGCAGUAAUAAUUCAAUGUAUUCAGUCAUACAGUUUCAGUUUUGAAUGUUACACUCUAGUGCAUGCACACGACCUGUCCGUGGUAGUUCAUUGUGUAUACAUUUAUAAUUUUGCCGGUUUUAAUUAUUCUGAGUUGAACGAUCUGAAAUCAGGCAAAAAUGGCGCCUUCAGUACCAGAUUUCUAUAAAGGAAAAUCCAUUCUUAUAACUGGGAGUACAGGUUUUGUAGGCAAGGCCAUGGUGGAGAAGUUGCUUCGUAGUUGUCCUGAGUUGGACACGAUCUAUCUUCUAUUGCGGCCAAAGAAAGGAUUGAAUAGUGAAGAGAGGCUACGCGAUCUCAGUGCUAACAAGAUAUUCGAAAAUCUAAGAGAGAAGACACCGAAUAUAUUUAAAAAACUGAAACUAAUAGCCGGAGAUAUCUUAGAAGAUGAACUUGGAAUAUCUCCUGAAGACAGGAAGGAGUUGCAAGAACGCUGCAAUAUCGUCUUCCACAGCGCUGCAUGUGUUCGAUUUGACUUAAGACUGAAAGAUGCUAUCAAUAUGAAUACAAGAGGUACGCUGCGGGUUUUACAGCUAGCGGAAACUAUGAAAAACCUUCAGGCAUUAGUGCAUCUAUCAACAGCCUAUUGUCGCUGUUAUUUAGAUGAACUGGAAGAAAAACUAUAUCCGCCAGUGCACAAGCCCCGGAAAAUCAUGGAUAUUGUUGAAUGGAUGGAUGAUGCUACACUGGAGUACUUGGAACCUAAGCUUAUAGCUUCAGAGCCAAACACAUACUCGUACACAAAAGCAAUCACUGAGGACUUGGUUGCUGAAUAUGGUCCCAAGUUUCCAUUAGCUGUAGCCAGGCCUUCCAUUGUGACUUCUGCGUGGAAGGAGCCGAUACCAGGAUGGGUAGACAAUUUGAAUGGAGCCACUGGUCUUGUUAUCGGAAGUGGCAAAGGCGUUAUUCGUACAAUGCACUGUGAACCAACAUAUACAGUCGAUGCGAUGGCCGUAGAUGUGGUAGUUAAUGCAUGUUUACUUAUUGCAUACAUUACAGCUUUGGACAAACCAAAAGAAGUUACGUUUUACAAUGUGACACUCUCCAGAAUUAUAAGGAUAACCUGGGGAGAGAUAAUUGAAUUAGGAAAAAAAUGGGUGAAUAAAUAUCCUCACACUUUGGCUCUGUGGCAUCCUGGUGGAAAUAUCAAGUCAUAUUACUGGCACCAUCAAAUUUGCGUUUUGUUUUACCAUAUCAUACCUGCUUAUUUAGUGGAUGGUCUCCUGUUCUUAAUGGGGAGAAAGACUUUUCUUGUUAACGUCCAAAAACGUAUAAGUCACGGAUUAAGCGUCCUUCAAUAUUACACUACGAAGGAGUGGUACUUCAAGAAUGAUAAUUUCAAUUCUCUCCGUAAACGAGUGAGCGAUGAAGACAAUAAGACCUUUUACACAGAUCUCGCCACUCUGAGAGCUGAUGAAUAUUUAAGGGAUUAUGUAUUAGGAGCCAGACAAUUCUGCUGUAAAGAAGACCCAUCAACAAUUCCAAGAGCUCGCAAACUGGCGAGAAUCCGUUAUAUAGUGGAUGUUAUUGUACAAAUAUUAUUUUAUGGAUUUCUGGCUUGGAUGAUCUAUUCCAACAUGCAUAUCAUCACAUCAUCGAUUCACUACUUGGACGACGUGUUGAAAAGUUUGGCGCCAAUUAACAAAGUCAAUGCAGAAGAACAUCAAACUGAACAAUUGUCAUAGUCGAAAAUGUUGUUUUUUUCUAUAAAUAAAUCUGUGGUGAUAUGGUUAA